AUGGCUCUUCGUUUAAAUUUAAGAAAUUGGCAAAAUAAAUAUGGUUCAGUUAUUCAAAUGCAGCAAAAUAUAAACAAAAGUAUACAUUAUUAUAAUACUAAAGGAAGAUUUCAAAAAAAUAACAAACAACUAUUAAAUGAAAUAAACAGAUUAUGUGAAGAUCUUGUUGAAGCCAAAAAAGAAGCAAAAGAAGCAAAUCAGAAAUAUCUUGAAGUAAAAGAAAAAUUAGAAAAAGAAAAAGAACUUCAUGCUGAAACAAAAAAAGAAUUAAAAGAAGCUGAAGAUGAACGUAAAAAACUUAUAGAUCAAAAUAUAAAAGAAAAAGAAAAGAAUAAAGAACUUGAAGAAGAAAAUAAAAGAUUAGAAAAAACUAUUGAAGAGCUUAAACAUAAUCAUCAAAUUGAAAUUGAUCAACUAAAACAAAAAAUUAAAGAUAAAGAUGAUGAGAUUAAUAACCUAAAAAAUGAACGUGAUAGAUAUAAAACAAUAAUUGAAACACAAAAAAAAGUUAUCGAUAAUUUAGAAAAAGAUAAAAAAGAAUUAAAUGAUCUCUAUGAACAAUGUAAAAGAAAUAAUGUAAAUUAUGAUUCUAUAAAAGACCAAUUAGAAACUCUUAAAAAAGAAAAAGAAAAACUUGAAGAUGAAAACAAAGACUUGAAAGAUAAAAUAAAUGAAAAAGAAAAAAAGAUUGAUGAGAUAAAUGAUAAUGUUAAAGAAAUUUUUAGUGUAGUUAAAAAUUUACCACCUACAUUAUUACGUGAAAUAAUUAAAGAAAUGGAGAAAAAUAAUCAUGAAACAGUUGAUAUUAAAGAACAAAUAAAAGGAUUACAACGAUUAUCUAGAUGA